AUGUCUAAGCAGAAGGAAUCAGGAUUAGAUGAAAAAGCACGGAUCUUAGCUGAGAAAGUCUUCGCACAUGAUGCUAAAGAUGAAGAUGAAAGAGAUGAGAUCUCUCCAUUUGACAUGGCAGAUGACUGUCCGAUUGGGCAACAUGAAAUGCAGGACAACUUAAUUGACAGAAAGUCAAAGGAAUCCAUUGAGAAGAGGAAGAAGAUAAGAACAAAGACCAUCGAAGCAUCAGUGCCAAUUGUCCACAUACAACAGACUGAGUCAGCCAUUCAGAUGAUGGAGCCAUCAUACGCAGAUGUACCUGAUUUCCAGAGAGUCUCCAUCACUGGAGACUACGCGUCAGGGGUAACCUUGGAAGAUUUUGAGCUUGCCUGCAAGGGUCUGUAUCGAGCUUUGACCAUUCGGGAAAAAUACAUGCGGCUUUCGUUUCAAAGGUUCUUCAGAACCACUUCCCGCUUCCUGCGAAUUAUGGAACGUGAACAGUGGAAAGAGGAGGAUGAAGUGCACCCAGUGUAUACUCCACAGCUAAAGCCUGGAGAAGAUCCCUUUAAUCCCAAGGAUCUGCCUGAAAACCUUGGAUAUGUGUGUAAGAUGAAAGAUGGUGUGGUCUAUGUUUAUGCCAAUAACGAAUCUGUCAAGAGGAAUGAACCCAAAGACUUGCCCUACCCAGAUCUGCCCACCUUCAUAGAUGACAUGAAUUUUCUAAUUGCACUGAUCGCUCAGGGGCCUGUAAAGACAUAUGCUCACCGUCGCUUAAAAUUCCUUAAUUCUAAGUUCAACCUGCAUGAAAUGCUGAAUGACAUGGAAGAGAUAAAAGAAUUGAAGAUUAAUCCUCAUCGAGAUUUCUACAAUGUCAGAAAGGUUGAUACCCACAUCCACGCAGCAGCCUGCAUGAAUCAGAAGCACCUCCUGCGCUUUAUAAAGAAGACUUCUAUGCUGGAUUCAGAUCGUGUUGUCUGGAGCACCAAGGACACGAAGCUAACUCUGAAAGAACUCUUCACUAAGUUGAAGUUGAAUGCCUAUGACCUAACAGUUGAUUCCUUGGACGUGCACGCAGGCCGACAGACUUUCCAGCGUUUUGAUAAGUUCAAUGCCAAGUACAACCCAAUGGGUGCCAGUGAACUCCGUGACCUUUAUCUGAAAACAGAGAAUGCCAUAGAAGGAGAAUACUUUGCUCACAUCAUCAAGGAGGUGGCAUCAGACUUUGAAGAUGCCAAGUACCAGUUUGCAGAGCCACGUUUGUCCAUCUAUGGGCGGUCGCCAGAUGAGUGGUCAAAGUUGGCAACGUGGUUCAUCAAGCACAGGGUCUACUCUCCCCACAUGAAGUGGAUGAUUCAGAUCCCCAGAAUCUAUGAUAUUUUCAGGGCUAAAGAUAUCAUUCCACACUUUGGAAAAAUGCUUGAAAACAUCUUCCUGCCAAUCUUCGAAGCCACAGUGAAUCCUCAGAACAACAUCAAGCUCAGCAUUUUCCUGAAACACAUCACUGCCUUUGACAGCGUGGAUGAUGAGUCCAAACACAGUGGACAUAUGUUCUCCACAAAGAGCCCAAAGCCGGAGGAAUGGAACAUCCCGAAAAACCCUUCAUACUCCUACUACCUCUGCUAUAUGUAUAUUAACAUCAUGGUUCUCAACAAUCUGCGGAGAGAAAGAGGGUUAAACACCUUCAUGUUUCGGCCUCACUGUGGCGAGGCAGGGGCUGUGACACAUCUACUGGCAGCAUUCAUGACCGCCGAUAACAUCUCGCAUGGACUUAACCUGAAAAAGAGUCCAGUGCUGCAGUACUUGUACUUUCUGGCUCAGAUCCCCAUCGCCAUGUCUCCUCUCAGCAACAACAGCCUCUUCCUGGAGUAUGCCAAGAACCCGCUACCUGAGUAUCUGAGGAAAGGCCUGAUGAUCUCGCUCUCCACUGAUGAUCCCAUGCAGUUCCACUACACCAAGGAACCAUUGAUGGAGGAAUAUGCCAUUGCUGCUCAGGUCUUCAAGCUGACUACUUGCGACAUGUGUGAAAUAGCACGUAACAGUGUCCUACAGAGUUCCUUCUCCAAGGAGGAGAAAACCCACUUUCUUGGACCAGAUUACCACAAGGAAGGCCCAGCGGGCAAUAGCAUCCAGAAGACGAAUGUACCUCAGAUACGGAUGGCCUACCGCUACGAAACACUCUGCUAUGAACUUAACCUGAUCAGGGAAGGGCUCCACAGUCUGGAAUAA